AUGAAAAUGGAAAUCAGUCCAGAUGAUGCGAUAACCGGACGGUUGUGGUUUUGCCUCUUUUUUCUUCUUCCCAUCACUUUUAAAAGCAUCACAGACUUACUACUGAACGACAUGACUUGCUAUUCUUGA